CCUUUCUCAUGCGGUUCCGAAAAACUCGGAGCACUUUCACAACAUUCUCGAGUGUUCCAGAGGAAGUCUCAUGGUCGGGCACACCGAGCCCCAGUUGUUUCACUGGUUCAAGCAACUUGGCACUUUGCCGCCGCGGGCAAUUCUCUCCGGCCCACUGGAACUGCUCUCUGGCGACAUGCAGCACGAGGCAUGGGAGAAAACGUUUUCCCGUCACCCAGUGAUUCAUAGCAUCGCACAAGACAUGUGGACACGCAAGGAUAGUAAGACCGAAGAGGAAGUUGUCACCAUUGAACGCCGAGAACGUGAGGAAGACGAAAAGCGCAUGCGUCGCAUGAGCAGCAGUGACUGGCGGGCAAAAUUCAGGGACCGUGAGCGCAACCCCACCGCCGAGGAGGAUGAAGAACGGCCUAUUUACGUCAUCAAGCCAGAGACUUUCGCGCUGUUACGGCUGCAGCCUGAUGUAAAGCUUUGGAUGAAUGUUGUUUCCCAGACGCAGCGUGUCUGGGAGCCUGUGAUUCCCGACCCUGACCCGCUCUGUCGCUGUGCCCCACGUUUCCUGCGCAUGCUUAACCUCGCGCGGCAAAAACUUGUACCGUCCCUCAAUAUGAACUUUGCCCUGAAGCUGACAAAUGCGUUUAUAUUUGAGGUGGACAAGGAAGGACUGUGGGCGAUGGGAACACAAGAAAACCUCCACGGGAGUUGUUCGCCCGCCGACGGUGCGGUACGGGAGGAGUGGACGGAGUUACGGUUGGAGUUUGGGAAGGGCCAAGUGAUACAGACGGAGCAGGAGAUGGAGUGGUGGGUGCGUGGGCUGACGAAACUCGGGGCACCGGAGAUGUCACAGUCGAACAGUCAAGUGGAGGAUGCGGGAAUGAACCCGGAGGAUUACGACUACCGCCACAUCUGA